CCGUGCUGCUCCAAUUAAUCGCCUCCACAAUUUCCCUAACCUCGACCAUCGCUGGAUACUUCGCCGGGAACACGCCGGGAAAGGUUUCAUUGUCAGGGAAACCUCCAUAAUCCUCGACGGAAAGUUGAUAUCUCGUUUAAAAUCGCCAGAAUCUUCGCCAGAAAACGCCAUGGGAGUUUCAGACGCUCGGUUUCUUCAGGACCUGGUCCUUUACGCUGCGAGCGCUGCCCUAAGUUGCCUUGUUCUCGUUGCAGGUCUUCGACACCUCGACCCUAACAAGGCGGCUGGCAAGAAAGCUCUGGAACAAAAGAAGGAGAUAGCUAAGAGGCUUGGUCGCCCAUUAAUUCAAACCAGUCCGUAUGAGGAUGUGAUAGCCUGUGAUGUUAUCAAUCCCGAUCACAUUGAUGUAGAGUUUGACUCGAUUGGAGGUCUCGAGCAUAUUAAGCAAGCGCUAUAUGAACUAGUGAUUCUUCCCCUACGGAGGCCUGAACUGUUUGCCUGUGGAAAGCUUCUUAGUCCACAGAAGGGAGUCCUGUUAUAUGGGCCCCCUGGGACUGGAAAAACAAUGCUUGCAAAAGCCAUAGCAAAAGAGUCCGGGGCUGUUUUUAUAAAUGUGAGGAUAUCAAAUUUGAUGAGCAAAUGGUUUGGUGAUGCCCAAAAACUUGUGGCUGCUGUAUUCAGUUUGGCUCAUAAGCUCCAGCCAGCUAUUAUUUUUAUUGAUGAGGUUGACAGUUUUCUGGGACAGCGGCGCACUACAGACCAUGAAGCAAUGACUAACAUGAAAACAGAGUUUAUGGCUUUGUGGGAUGGCUUUACUACGGAUCAGAAUGCUCGUGUGAUGGUUCUUGCUGCCACCAACCGACCAUCAGAACUUGAUGAGGCAAUUUUACGGCGUCUUCCUCAGGCUUUUGAAAUAGGAAUACCAGAUAGGAGUGAGAGAGCCAAGAUUCUGAAGGUGAUUUUGAAGGGUGAAAGAAUUGAAGAGAACAUUGAUUAUGACCAUAUAGCCAGCAUAUGUGAAGGUUACACUGGUUCAGAUCUGCUUGAGCUCUGCAAGCAAGCAGCUUAUUACCCAGUCCGGGAUCUGUUGGAUGAUGAAAACAAUGGCAGGAGAGCUCAGAAUCCGAGACCUCUCAGACAGUCAGACUUGGAAAAAGCACAAUCCAUAUCAAAAACAUCAAAGGUAGCAAGAAAUGAAUACGAGUUCAAUCCACAAUCGACUGCAUGGUCGAGGUCGAGACAACCGGAUGACUACCAGGUGGCUAUCUCAGAGCUUUCUAAGCUUUUGUCUCGUAUUGCCGUCAACUUUCAAUCUGAAGACCAGGAAUUUUAAGAUGUGUUUUCUACAAAUAUAGAAGGCAUUCUACAGUAGGGAAAUUCACAACGGGAGGAGAGGAAAUGAUCUUUUCCCUAUGUCGUUGCCAUUGCUUUUAAUGCGUAAAUGAUUCAAUGUUUGCAUCAUGUCUUUCCCCCCUUUUAGGUCUCAGUAAAUUAACUUGUUCUGCACCACUUCUUAUUCAGUUUAUUAAAGUAUGCAAUUAAUCAUUCAGAGGAAUAAGUUGUAAUAAUACUUGUUUAGGACUGCAUUUCAUCGAAAAACAUUAAGAAAGAAAAAAAGGACAAACUCUAGGUUCUCAUGUACAUAUCAUCUGUUUGAGUCAGCUUUGCUGCAGAAUUGUCUAUGGGAAGUAGUUUUGUAGACUCUCCUAGGGUUUUGUUGCUUGCACACAUACCCGUAUGCAUGUAUGGUUUUGGGAGAUUUUAUGAGAAAUUGGCAGCAUUACUAUGA